AUGGGAGGUCUUUUGGAAAGACUUGAACAAACAAAAGAAUGUUGGGAAUCUAUCAAGAGAAGCUUAAAUUCAGGAGUGAAAUUAGAGAACAAUGAUCAUUGCUUGAAAAUACUGAAAUUGAGCUACAACCAUAUGCCGAUUCAUCUAAAGCCGUGCUUUCUAUAUAUGGGAGUGUUUGAGGAAGAUAGUGUAAUUCGAGUCUCUAUAGUGGUGAAGCUAUGGGUUUCUGAAGGAUUUUUGAAUCCGAUAAGCGGCAAGAGUUUGGAAACAGUUGCAAGAGAGUGCUUAAAGGAACUAGUUGAUAGAAAUCUAAUUAUUCUAGUUCAUGAGUUGGGGUACUCAAGGCAUCAUCAUAUAUUUUGCGGUGCUUCAUGCUCCCAGUUAACUGGGAGCAUGAAGUACUGCAAAAUACAUGAUUCUUUGAGAGACCUAUGCUUGAGAGAAGCUGAAAAUGAGAGGUUUUAUCAUGUGGUUGGGAGACAUAGCCCCCGAGCCACAUGUAGCCAACGCCGCCUCGUAGUUAUUCCAAGAGGCACUUCAAAGGAGAAAGUCCGCAAUGCCAUGAAAUCCACACCACAUGCCCGUUCCUAUAUAAGUGAUCAUGAAAGAGUUCGAGGGUUGUCCAAUUUAAGAUUGUUGAGAACAUUGAAAGCAUACGAAAAGGUUGGUUAUGGAAUAUUUGGAGGACACAAGCAUUCCGUAGGAGAAAUGUUUGAGUUAGUUAAUUUGCGGCUUCUUGUUGUUAAAGCUGAUCGAUGCCCCAAACUUCCUUCUUCAAUGAGCCUCUUGUGGAGUCUACAUACUUUAAUUGUUUAUUACAAAGGAUCAGACGUAAAUGCACCGGUUGAAAUUUGGAAGAUGCCUCAACUUAGGCAUGUUUAUUUGGGGUUGUCUGACAAAAUGACGUUCACAGCGUUGCGUCUCCCGGAUCCUCCCAGCGACAGCAGCGUUGUGGUCAUGGAGAAUCUACAGACGCUCAAAUGUGUGAGGAAUUUCAAGUGUGAUGAGGAGACGGUUCGUAGAAUUCCCAAUAUCAAGAAAUUGGGACUAAUAUAUGACAAGGAUGAGAGGAUUGAGCCGCGCAGUGUCUGCAACAUCGAAUGUCUGCAAAAGCUAGAAUCUUUUAGCUGCAAUUGUGGUGAAAGGGAUGAUAUAUUGCAGCAGCUUACCUUUCCACACUCUCUUAGGAGUCUGACUCUGACUCUAAAUGGUGGUGGUAGCGUGGAUGAUGUAUUGGAAAAGGUAAGUAUAUUACCCCUUCUUCAGAAGCUCAAAUUGGAAUUUGGAAGGUUCAGAACGGGCGAAUGGGCAACAGUUGAAGGCCAGUUCCCCAGUCUCAAAUCAUUGUCACUGUUGGGGUGUUGGAAUUUAAUAUAUUGGAUGAUGGAGAGCUCCCACUUCCCAUGCCUCGAGCACCUUCAUCUUUCAUGGAUGCUGGGCUUGAAGGAGAUUCCUGCAGAAGUUGGUGAGAUUCCGACGCUGAAAUCCGUGAGCUUGGCUUAUUGCAAAGAAUCAUUGGUGAAGAGUGCGAAGAGAAUGGUGGAGGAACAAGAGGAGUUACAAGGACAAGUAUCCUUUAAAGUUGAUGUUAUGCUCGAGAAGAAGAGCGCAGGGCUGCAAAGCUUGGCAGAUCCCAACUUUCAAGUGACUAUUUAUUGA